AUGUCCAGUGGGGGUAGGUUUAAUUUUGACGAUGGAGGGUCCUACUGUGGAGGCUGGGAGGACGGCAAGGCGCACGGCCAUGGCGUCUGCACCGGCCCCAAGGGCCAAGGCGAAUACACCGGCUCGUGGAGCCACGGCUUCGAGGUGCUGGGCGUCUACACCUGGCCCAGCGGCAACACGUACCAGGGCACUUGGGCGCAGGGCAAGCGCCACGGCAUCGGCCUGGAGAGCAAGGGGAAGUGGGUGUACAAGGGCGAGUGGACGCACGGAUUUAAGGGGCGCUACGGGGUGCGGGAGUGCACGGGCAACGGGGCCAAGUACGAAGGGACCUGGAGCAACGGCCUGCAGGACGGCUAUGGCACGGAGACCUACUCAGAUGGAGGUAGGUGCCCCCGCCCGCCUGUCCUGGCUGUAAGAUGGUUUCCAUGCAGGGAGCCUCGGCCAGGGCUCCUUUGCAGCUGUGCUCCUGUCCCGGACACUCCAGUGUCCACUCCUCCUUGCAUCCGACGGGCAUGGAGCAUUUUCUGUUCCUGGAAGCCAGACCCCAAACAAGCCUGCUCUCCAGAUGCCCCCUUCCCCCACCUGGGAGCUUAUCCUCAGAAGUGGCUCUGUGCCUCCCUCUUGGCGGCUUGCUAAUUUUUCAGGCAUGGAUGCCUGGGAAAGGCGUGGGGCGCAGCAGUGACUUGUGUGCUUCUAAUGGGCAUGGAAAUCAUGA